AUGUCCACGUCGGGCCUCUUGUCUGCCAUGCGCGGCGCCGGCCGCCAGCACAUCACCGGUUCCACCCUCCGCACGGCACCGGCAGCCGGCUCUCACGUCUUCCGGAUCGAGGAGUUCACGCGACUCAGGGAGAAGACGGCCAAUGGCGUCGCCGUCUUGUCAAGCCCGUUUGGUGUCGGCGGCCACGAGUGGCGUAUCAGGUGCUUCCCGAACGGCAGGAUCAAAGAUUCGGAGGGCCAUGUCUCCCUCCACCUCCAGCACGACAGCCACGCCAGGACCGGCGACGUCACGGCGACGUACAAGAUGAGCAUACUCGACAAGUCCUGGGAGCCGUCGUGCACCCAAAUGAUGGAGAAUCACCGCUUCGAGACAGACGAUGGUUACUGGGGCUGGAGAAAGUUCAUGAAACACAAAGAUCUUGAUCUUGACAGAGAGAAGUACCUCAAGGAUGACUGCCUCUCCGUCCUCUGCGACGUCACAGUUGACCUCGGGCUGCGAACCACCGAUGAGGUUGCGGCGCCCGAGCAACUCAAUUCGGAACCAGCGCCUUUGGAGCCUCCUCAUGGCUUACAUCUCGCGGAAGCAGCGGACGUGAUGAUCCACCUCGGCGACGGGAAGAGGAUCGGAGCGCACCGGUGGGUGCUGGAGGCCCGAUCCCCCGUAUUUGAGUCUGAAAUCGCGCUCGCCCCGACAACCGGCGAGAACAUUGCUGAACUACGCGUCGACGGCAUGGACGCCGACGUGUGCAAGGCGCUGCUCAGGUUCAUCUACACCGACUCACCGCCGGCGCAGCUCGAGGAGGCACCGGCAACGACCGUGGAGCAGCUGCUCAUGGCGGCGGACAGGUACGAACUGAAGAAGUUGAGGGCCGCCUGCGAGGAGGCGCUGUGCAAGAAGAUCGACGUGAGCUCCGUGGCCACCGCCCUGGCGCUGGACGAGCGGUACGGCUGCCCGGCACUGAGGAAGGCGUGCAUGCGCGUCCUCUCUUCUCCCGAUAAACUAGAAGCUGUGGCAGCGUCAUCUGAUGGUUUGGAGAAGCUCAAGACACUCAGCCUCUCUGUCCUGCUGGAUCUAUUCGACAAGAACAUGCCGUUGCGUGAGCAGCAACGGAUGCUCCGGACUAUCAGACUCGUGUCGGAUCAGUCUGAUAAAGGGUGGUGA